GCUAUAUGUGCUCAAAGUACAUUAAUGGGCGGGAAUAAUGGAGCUGAUCGUUUUGAAAAAUAAGCGCAGAAAACGAUAAUGGGAAAAAAGCUGAAAAGUUCUCCAUUCUCAGUUUCUAAGUUUCCACCCACAUGCACUUUGGGUCCAUUUUUCCCUUUUUAGAGCGGAUUGGACUUCACCCACCAGAAACUUAAAAUUCGGAAUUCAAAUUUUGUUCUAGUGCCUUGAGAUUUCAUUGUCAUUCAACUGUCUUUUUUGGGUUUCUUUCGGCUUCUGAAAUCUUUGUUUUCCAUUCUCAAAACCCAAAUGUUUUGAUCUGUUAUCUUGAAUCUUCGACUCAAUUCUUGCCAGCUUGCGGAGAUAUUUUGAAAUAUUGAGAUGGAAAAGAGAAAAUGGCUAUGGAAAAGGAAAUCUUCAGAAAAGGGCUCAGGCGAAACUGAAAGCUCAGAUGAGCAGGACACAACAAAGGAAUCUCCAGAUCAUCACCACGAGCAGUCAUCAAAAGUUACUUCAAAUUCUGCUUCCACAGACGAUGAAGUCCAGGAAAGUCUAAAAUGUCUGACAGCGAAGUUAUCAGCAGCCCUUGUUAAUGUUAGUGCCAAAGAAGAUCUUGUUAAGCAGCAUGCCAAAGUUGCUGAAGAAGCUGUUGCAGGCUGGGAAAAGGCAGAAAAUGAGGUAGUCACUUUAAAACAGCAACUUGAGGUAGCAGAGCAACAAAAUGUGCAACUUGAUGGAGCUCUUAAGGAAUGUGUUAGGCAGUUGAGAAAUGCCAAAGAUGAGCAGGAACAAAGAAUUGUAGAAGCUAUAUUAGAGAAAAACAUGGAAUGGGAAUCCAGCAGGGGUGCACUUGAGAAAGAGCUGGCCGAGCUCCGGUUAAAAGCAGAGGUUUCAGAACCUGUUUAUCCUUUAUCUGCCGAUCAUGAUACUCUCCAGAAGCUUUCACUCCUAGAGAAAGAGAAUGAAAAUCUCAAACUCCAACUGCUUUCUAGAACCAAAGAGUUGGAAGUUAGAACGAUCGAACGGGACUUGAGCACCCAAACAGCAGAAACAGCUAGCAAACAGCAACUUGAGAGCAUAAAAAAGUUGGCCAAACUUGAAGUAGAGUAUCGAAUACUUCAAGCACAGUCUCGCAAGUCAUCUACAGAUAGCCGAUCUGAAAGUGGGGAGCAACUCAAAAGAGGUGAAUGCGAUCCAAGUGGCUCAGACCGUUGGGUUUCGGCACUUAUUUCCGAGCUUGAUCAAUUCAAGAACGAUGAGUCUUUGUCAAAAAACACAUCAGCCGUAACCGUAGAGAUUGACAUUAUGGAUGAUUUUCUUGAAAUGGAAAGACUUGCAUCGUCACUUGCUGAGAGCAAGAAGGAAGCUGCUGACGAGUCAGCAGCAGCUAAUGGAGAGGAUGCUUCAGCAGCAGAGUCCCAAAUUAUGAUUCAACGAGUGGAAAAGUUAGAGCAGAAGUUAGAGACGAUUGAAGCUGAGAAAAUCAAGUUGGAAGGUGCAUUACAUGAUACGCAGGACGCCCUUAAGACAUCUCAGUUUCAGCUUAAGGAUGCAGAGAUAAGGUUGGAAGUGCUGCGUAAGGAGCUAGAUGAAGCAAAUGACUCCAAAAAAUCUCUAGAGUUUCAACUCUUUGGUAUGGAAGUAGAGGCACAAAAGGUGUCUGCAAGCGCCGACUCUUUGAAGUUAGAAUUUGGAAGUGAACCGUGCUCCUGGUGUGAAGAUACGAAACAGAAGUGUCUGGAAUCUGUGAAUGAGAGGAAAAGAAAAAGUGAUGAUGUUGAACUAAACCAUCCUCCAGGUUCAUGUUCAAGUGACAAACCAAAAGUAAAGCAGGAAGAUUUAGCUGUAACUGCCACAAGCAAGCUUGCUGAAUGCCAGAAAACGAUUGCAUCCCUUGGAAGGCAGCUCCAAUCACUGGCCACAUUGGAAGAUUUCUUGACAGACGCUAGAAACCUUCAAGCCUCAAGUUCUCGCGGGGUUGGCUUGUGGAAGACGCAUUAUGAUGAGACAUUUAACCAUAAACUUGAUUCAGAUCCUAUGGGAAUUUCAGAUCAGAUUUCAACCCAUUCCAUGAAUGGGAACUACGAUGAAUCUCCAGCAUCUUCUUCAUCAUCUAAUUCAUCAACAAAUCAUGUCAGCAAUUCCAGAGGAAGGAAUGGCUUUGGAGAAGAAGAUACUAUUUCAAAAGCUUCUAAAUUGUUAUAUCUUCUUAGCAGAGAUGCAGACAGAGGUUUAGGAGUGGGAAUGUAAGUUUGACUAUGAAGUCUUAUUGUUGUUGGAAAGAAGAGAAGAAACUACAAAAGGGCACCGAAAACAAAAUGUAUACCAAGUUAGAUUAUCGUACUGGUUGUAAAGCGAUGUUACAGUUUUCUAUUAGUUGUGAUGGUGAAUGGACUGUCUCAAAGCAUAUUAUUGAUCACAACCAUGCUUUCUGUGCAAUUGGUCAAAGACACCUACUGAAAUCACAUAGAGGCGUUGAUCGUGAGUAUCUUGAAUUUAUUAUGUUGAUGAAGGAGAGUGGAACAAAGGUUUCAGAUGUUCACAUGAUGCUUCAAAAACAGGCUGGUGGUGUUAGUGCUCUUGGAUUCACGAAACGUGAUGCUUAUAACGUUCUAGAAUCUGAAAGAAGUAAAACGUUUGAUGGUACUGAUUCGAACACUUUGAUUGGUAUAUUUAAGAAAAGGGCUGAAGUGGAAUGUGAUUUUUUCUUUGAUUUUGAGUUGGUUGAUGGUAUACUGACUUGUUUUUUCUGGAGAGAUGGUCAAAUGAGAUCUGAUUAUGAGAGGUUUGGAGAUCUUGUUGUGCAUGAUACAACUUACAGGACUAACAAGUAUGAUAUGAUCUGUGGUCCAUUUAUUGGUAUGAAUCACCACUGUAAAAAUAUAAUGUUUGGUUGUGGCUUUAUUCUAAAUGAAAGGGUGGAGUCUUUUGUUUGGUUAUUUCAGACUUUUCUGAAAUCUAUGGGUGGUAAACACCCUAUCAGUUUCAUGACAGACCAGUCAUUUUCCAUGGCAACGGCUAUCAAAUCUGUAUUUCCUGGGGCGAGACAUAGACUCUGCACUUGGCAUAUAGAUGAGAAUUCAAAGAAACACAUCAUGCAUCUACGCAAGAAGAUAAAUUUUGUUUCUCUUUUUGAUUAUGUUGUCAAACGAUGUGAUACUGUUGCAGAGUUUGAUUUCUAUUGGAAUGAAUUGAAUACAGUUUAUGAAUGCAGUGACAACACAUGGUUGAAGAGGCUGUACAGUCAUAAAGAAAAGUGGUGUCCUGCUUUUUCGAAGGAUUACAUCUCUGGUGGUGUUUUAUCCUCUCAAAGAAGUGAAUCUACAAAUAGAUCUAUAUCUAGAAGACUUACCAAGACUGCAACAUUAUGUGAUUUUUACAAAAUGUUUUGUGAUGUUGUUGAUGAAUGGAGGUUAGAUGAGAAUGGUCGUGAUUUUAGAUGUUCUUAAGGCACCGUUGAGAUGGUAUUGCUACAAGACACUUUGUUGACUCAUGCGAGAGAUGUGUAUACCCUUGAGAUUUUCAAAGUGUUCCAAGAACAAUAUUUGAAGGGUAUGUCACAUUUUUUUAAAUUAAUCUCACAGAAUUGUCAUGACUAUGUGUAUCAUGUUUGGUUGAAUGGGGUAGAUAUGAUUAGACACAGUGUUACUUUUAAUCGGCAUGAAAACACAGUGACAUGCACUUGUAAGAUGUUUUCUGAAGUUGGCAUUUUUUGUAGACACAUUUUGCGUAUAUAUAACGUGCAUUGUGUCAAAUGUAUUCCCCAAGUUUAUAUACUCUCUAGAUGGACAAAGGCUGCCAUUCUGCCAAAUGUUAAUCUUUCUGUUACGCACGGAACCGAUAUUAUGUCUGGCAAAAUAUUGGAAGAUUCUGUUUGGAGAGUGCAAAUGACUAGGAAAUUCAACUCAGUAUUGAGUGCAAGUGCUGGUUUUCCUGAAGCUAGACGAGUAUGUGAUCAAGGAUACGAGUCUAUUAAACAUUUUUUAGAUGCACAAAGAGAUGCUUCUGUUGUGGAUGAAUCUGCUUCUAGGACAAUAUUGGAUCCUCCACGGUCUCGUUCUAAAGGUCAGCGAAAUACCCGAAAGAGAAGUAUUGUUGAGAAACAGUGCAAAAUAGUCAAAGCUCGCCGUUCAAAAUCCCAAAAUGUUGCCUCCAAUUCAAAAGCAGUUGCUCAAUCUGUUGUACAGGACACUGUUAAUUUCAUGGUUCCACAAGGUUAUGUACUUGCUCAUCCAAUUGGAGGAAUGACGUCUUUAAUGCAUGUGUCUGGAUCUCCACAAGUUUUUGCUCCAUACUUCAUGCAAUCCAAUGCUUUGAACCAAAUGCAGAAUUAGUUAUAGUCACACAUGUUUGGAAAACCAAAUGCUUUGAGGAGUUUACAUAUCAUAUUGUGAACUUUUACUUUUGUUGCACCUUGAGUUACAUUUGAUUUUAUAGAAUUUAUAUUGUCUUUACAGUUUGUUUACAUGUCAUACAGCAUUGCCAUAAAUACAAUACGCAAUCAAGUUUGUUUACAUUUAUUUAUAUUACAGAAUGUAAUCUGUGCAGUCACAGCUCAGUAACAGUAGUUACAUUGUUUUUCCCUUCAGUUACAUAGUUCUUUAACGUGACUUACAUUUGUUGUA